GACAACUUUAAACAUACCGACACUAGCCGUUGGGAUCUGCGGCCGCCGGACGGCGAUCAUUUAAACUUAAAAAACAAAACAAACAACAUGUCCGUCUUGUUGUCGAGUCGCGCGCCGGCUGCGGUUCAUGAUUAAAUUCGCUGCGCGUGCUGCUCGGCCAGAGAAACAUGGAGGCGCUGCUUUUGUUUACAUCCACGAUGGUUCGGGAGAGGAGCGCGAGCUAACCCGGCUAGCAGGCGUGUUUGCGGGGAGGGCGUCUCCUUGAAGCCCGCUGCGUGAGGACCGAGGGGGUCGUCUGCCCCCCCUCCUCCGCCAGCGAUGGCGGUUUCCCCUCAGGACGCUCCCCUCAUGGCCAUGGACCUGUCCACGGGCUACUCGGUGAAGCCGCUGACCCGCGACCACGGCGAGGCCCUGGACCUGGCCAAGAAGCCCGAGUGGUACCACCGGCGCCCGCCGCCGGGCUGCGGCGCCGACGGCAUCGGCUCCCCGUACCGCCCCAGAGCCGCUUCCUCCUACGGCGCCCACCGGCUGCGCCCGGAGCCCGGGGAGGCGGAGCCGGGCCCCGAGUCGCUGGGCAACCGCUACAUGAACUCGACGCUGGCUCCCGGGUUGGACCUGUGCCACGGCGGCCUGUGGCACCCGGGCUUCUACGGGCCCGACCGGACCGGCGGCGAGGACCCCGAAAGCAGCGGCAGCAGCGGCGCCGGCGAGGAGAGCGACAGCGGCUCCGACGUCAUCUUCCUAGUGUCCUCCGCCGCGGAGCCGGUCCUGUGCGAUUCCUUCCUCCAGGACGGCGUGGAACCCGCGUCCGCGCUGGGAGAGGAGGAGGAGGAGGAGGAGGAGGAGGAGGAGGAGGAGGAGGAGGAGGAGGGGAGGGGCCGCCUGCCGCGGCCUCCUCGCUCGCCGAGUCCCGACUCGCUGUCGGCGGAGUCCUCGGAGAGCUCGGCGGACAUCCCCGUCCGCCACGCCCGGCCCGUGGUGCUCCUGUCCGACCUCGCCGCCGUCUACGCCAACGCCGCCGCCGCCGCGGUGGACAUUUCGAGCGACGACAGCGACGUCAUCGAGGUUUCUCCUCGGAAGAGGAGCCCGGUGAGAGAAACUCCUCCGCCGAGCGAGGACGAGAAGCGUCUUCGACACCGAGAGGUUCGGCGGAGCACCAGGAUCCAGAGACCGGCGUCCGACACGCCGCCGGUCUCCUGGGGCGGCAGAGCGUCCCGACACAGCCUGAGGAGACGGGCUAAAAGCGACGCGGUGGGCAUCUACAACGAGAGCGGCGACUCGGACGCCGUGAUGGAGUUCGCGGUGAGGCUGUGCGGCUCGGACGAAGACGAGGAGGAGGAGGCGGCGACCUCGAGGCCGGACGAGAACGAAAGGGUCGGCGGCAACUCGGAGGAGUCGGACGCGGCCGGGGAGUCGCCGCAUAGGAAGUCGCCCGAGCGGCGUCCGCCUCGCUGCAAAGUCUCGAACGCCAAAAGCGUCGCUCGGAAACGGAAGGCGCCCGUCGGCCUCCGCGAGACGGCGGGCGCUCGGACUAAACGGAGACGAAGCCGCGGCGCCAAAGCUCCAAAGCCACGGGAGACGAAAACCAACAAAAAGCCGGCGGCGAGGCGGCGGCGGCGAGGAGGGCGCCAGCGGGCCGGACCGUCGGCCGUGUUCUGGCCCCGGGAGCCGGAGAUCAAGCUCAAAUACGCCAACGUGGCGCCGAAAAGGCGGAGCAAGAAGGCGGCGCCGUUCUGCCCGUUCGUUCACGCCAAGGAGACGACGUGCACCGUGGUGAACGACCAGGAGGAGGAGGAGGCGGUCCGGAGCGGCAGGCGGCGGCGCCCGGGAGCCGCCGGCGGGCCCCCGUCCGGGUUCGUCCCCGGGACGACCUGCUACCGGUUGUGUCGCUUCGCCGCAGACGGCGAGCGCCCGGCGCCGCCGCUGUGCUGCCUGUGCGGUCAGACGGCCAACGCCGCGGGCCUCGGGGACCUCCACGGCCCGUACCGCCCCUCCAACCCGCCGCCGCCGGUCAGCAGGCGCUCGGUGAACGCCUCGGAGGACGGCGGCGGCGACGGGUACGACUGCGGCGUCUCGCUGGACGAGGGCUGGAUCCACGAGGACUGCGGCGUCUGGUCCGCCGGCGUCUUCCUGGUCCGAGGGAAGCUGUACGGGUUGGAGGAGGCGGCCCGCAUCGCCCAGGAAACGAAAUGUUCGUCGUGCCAACAAACUGGUGCAAUUAUGGGAUGUUUCCAGAAGGCCUGUCCCCGAAAUUAUCACUACAGAUGUGCCAUCCAGUCGGGCUGCGUGUUGAACGAGGAAAACUUCUCCAUUAGAUGUCCGGAGCAUAAGAACAAACUGUUGACGGUGGUCACCAGGCAACACAGGAGAUGACGUGAAAGACAUUCGGGGGGAACUGGAGAAUGAUCCACAGAGCUCCUCGACUGGUUUAAACAAAAAAAGAAAAAACACAAAUUAAUUUCACAUCAAAGACGGAUCAAUCGUGUGUGUGUGUGUGUUCCUCCAUCCACAAACACAUUUGUAUUAAUUACCGUCGCAUUGAAAAUGCAGAAGGUUAUGUUUUGAUCGCCGUGUAUUUAUUUAUUUAUUUGUAUGAGUGUUACUCGCAUAACUAAAAAAGUAUUAAAAUUGCAUGAAAUUUGG